AUGGAUGAUUAUAUAUAUCAACCAUUAUCUGUUACUGAGGAAAAUGCCGACGAACAGGUUUUAAUUAAAGAUGGAACUCUUACAGCAAAAAAACCGGUACCAAUUGAGGCUAUUGAACGUAACCAUUUGGAAAACAAGACACGAUCAUCCUUUGAUCGAGUAUUCUUACGUAGAUUUUUUCGACUUCUCAAAAUAUUGUUUUCAGUAAAAACACCAGAGGGCAAUUGUAUUUUUAUAUGUUUUAUGUUGAUGUUAACAAGUGCUAUCAACGAAAUCUUGGCAUACUUUGUUGGAAAAAUUCCUUCAAAAUUUUACACAACGUUGGUUGGAAUUGAUGGUGCACAUUUCAAGACAUUAUUGGUUUAUUCAACAUGUAUUGUUUUAUUAACUGGUUUGGGAAGAAGUAUAAUGUAUUUUGUUGGUGGGCUUUUUGAAUUGUUGACAAGAAAAGUUUUAACAAGACAUUUACAAAAUAAAUAUGUUAAGCCAGAUAUAUUUUAUAGAAUACUAAUUACAAGACAUGAUUUUGCUGAAAGUAUUGCAUUUAGUUGGGGUGAAAAAGCAGAAGAGGCUAGAUUAUCAAAAUUUUUUGAUUCAGUUCUUAAUUAUCAAAGACAAAGGAUUGACAAAGAACUAGUGUUACGAUCUUUAACUGAAUCAGUUGCAUACUUUGGAUCAAUACUGAGCUAUCUUAUUAUUUCCAUUCCUAUUUUUUUAGGCGAAUACGAUGAUACCGAUAAAGAUGUACUUAGUGGAUUAAUUAGUUUGAAUGCUUUCUUCACAUUAUAUCUUAUUGGUAAAUUUACAAGUUUGAUCGAAGAGUCAACCAAUGUUUCGAACUUGGCAGGGUUUACUGCACGUAUAGGACAAUUAUUAGAAGCACUUGAUGAUGUUAAUGAUGAUAUUAAUGGUGAAUUAAACAAUAUAAAUAUUAAAGAUCAAUCAUUAGAUCUAAGAGAAGCAACGGGAGAAUUCGUAACAUCAAGAUCCGAAUCAUCAUCAAUUAUAUUUGAUCAAGUAACAUUUGAUACACCAUCAGGCGCAACACUUUUAGAGGAUUUAGAAAUUGUUAUUGAACAAGGAAAAAAUUUAAUGUUAAUUGGCCCAAAUGGUAGUGGUAAAACUUCAAUCUUGAGAGUUAUGUGUGGUUUAUGGCCAACGAAUAAAGGUCAAAUAACAAGACCGAAAAUGAAUAUGAAUUCAAGACAACAUUUAUUGGUUUAUUUGCCUCAAGUUCCUUAUUUAGUAUAUGGAUCUUUAAGAGAUCAAAUCACAUAUCCAGUGAUCAAUGAUCCUAAACAACAAAAUAUUUCAGAUCAAGAAUUGAAUUCAUUAUUGGAAAAGGUAGAAUUAACACAUUUAAAAUCUUUAAUACAGAAUUAUGAUUCGAGGUAUGGUGAAGAUUGGAAUAGAAUUUUAAGUCCUGGUGAACAACAAAAAUUAUCAUUUGCAAGAUUACUUUAUUGGAAACCAUUAUAUGCAGCUACAAAUUCACUUGAUUCUGAUUUAGAAAAAAAAUUCUUCGAGAUCAUGAAAGAAUUAAAGAUUACAAUGAUCACAAUUUCACAUAAUAUGGGAUUAUUAAAAUAUCAUGAUAAAAUAUUAUUAUUAGACGGCAAAGGAAAAUAUUAUGUGAAUGAUAUUGAUCUUCAAAAUAAAGAAAUUACUGACAAAUGGAUUGAAGAAAAAUUAAAAAAUUAA